AUGGACACUUACGGCGGCGGCUGGCUGGUACGUGUGGUCGUGUUUGUCAGUGUGUGUGACUCAGGCCUGUUCACGCUUCACGCACUGGUAGAAAAGCAAUAUGUACACUUGAGAGUGGACAUCAUAGAUAGGAGUGGACGACGUCGCUACGCUGAGUAUGAUGAGUUCAGCAUGUGGGGUGCUGACGGUAACUACGAACUUUUCAGGAGGUUCUUCUUGGGUGACGCAGGAGAUGGGUUGGCACCUAAUGACUAUAAAGGGUUUUCAACCUAUGACCGAGACCCGACCGGCUGUGUCAAGACACGUCACAGCGCCUGGUGGUACCCGGAUGACUGUGGCAGCACUUACCUCAACAGCCCUUAUGCAAGUGGCAAUGCUUGGGGUGACUUCAGCAACCUGCAGUUCUCGGAGAUGAAGAUAAAGCCAUAA